AUGCCUCAGGAAGUCACCGACAUCAAGUCGUUCAUCGAGAUCUGCCGCCGCAAGGACGCUUCCUCGGCGCGCAUCAAGAAGUCCCGCGUCGCAAACCAGACCAAGUUCAAGGUCCGAUGCAACCGUUACCUGUACACUCUUGUCCUUAAGGAUAACGACAAGGCGGAGAAGCUUAAGCAGUCUCUCCCACCUGGUCUUUCCAUCUCCGACACCCCCAAGAAGAACGCAAAGGGCAAGCACGUGCAGAAGACGGCUUAA